AGACUUGCCGUAGUGCAACAACAUUUAGCGCGAAAUUGAAUACCGACCGGAAUAAAGCUAAACAUGCCAAACUAAUGCUAUUAUAAACAUUCUACGGGACUAAUAUCCCCCUCGGUGACUAUGAUAACUCACUGGUAAUGUCUAUCGGUAUUAUAAGUCAGUUCGUGCUUUAAAUAAGAGUAAAACAAGGAGCACAGACAUGAGCGCCUCGGCAGAGCAGCUAGCGUCAGCUGCUGGUGGGUAACUAGGGCUGAGUUAGCUUCACAUGCUAGCAACACGGGCAGCGGAGGAGCCCCCACUUCACAGCCGCGCAUAGGAAACAACGGCAAUGAGAAGGAGUCUUGCACCCAGUCAGGUGGCCAAACGGAAGCAACCAGGGGAUUCCUGUGAGGAUGAGGACUGGACACAGACAACCGAGAAAAGAAGAAAAGGUUGUGAGGAGAGGCGAGAGAGCCACAUUUCUCCCUUCAGAAAGCCUCUGACACCGCUGAACAAGCCACCCCAGUGUAUGGAUGGGGACAAACAUGAGGCGUUUAUUCGCAGUAUCCUCUCCAAGCCAUUUAAAAUCCCCAUUCCUAAUUACACAGGCUCACUGGGAAUCAGGGCACUCGGCCUGAAGCGUGCAGGUGUGAGGAAAGCACUUCACGAUCCCUUCACAGAAGACGCUCUGGUCCUUUACGAGCCCCCAACUCUGAGCGCUCACGACCUGAUCAAAGCUGAAAAAGAUAAACUUCCAGUCCAUGUCGUUGUGGAUCCAGUUUUAGGAAAAGUGCUCAGACCCCAUCAGAGAGAGGGGGUGAAGUUCCUGUGGGAGUGCGUGACGGGAAGACGCAUCUCCGAUUCGUACGGCUGCAUCAUGGCCGAUGAGAUGGGCCUGGGGAAGACCUUACAGUGCAUCGCCCUCAUGUGGACCCUGUUGCGCCAAAGCCCCGACGUUAAGCCGGAGAUAGACAAGGUCAUUGUGGUAUCCCCUUCCAGUCUGGUUCGCAACUGGUACAAUGAAGUAGGAAAGUGGCUGGGAGGACGCGUGUCACCGGUGGCCAUUGACGGAGGUUCAAAGGAUGAGAUCGACAGACAACUAGUGAACUUCAUCUCUCAGCACGGUUUGAGAAUACCAACCCCGAUCCUGAUCAUUUCAUAUGAGACAUUUCGACUGCACGCCGGGGUUCUGCACAAGGGCAAGGUCGGAUUGGUCAUCUGCGACGAGGGCCAUCGGCUGAAGAACUCUGACAACCAGACAUACCAGGCUCUAAAUGCCAUGAGUGCUAAGAGGAGAGUCCUGAUAUCGGGAACUCCCAUCCAGAACGACCUGCUGGAGUACUUCAGCCUGGUCCACUUUGUUAAUGCUGGGAUCCUUGGUACAGCCCAGGAGUUUAAAAAGCGGUUUGAGCUUCCCAUCCUCAAGGGUCGAGAUGCAGAUGCUAGUGGUAAAGACAGAGAGACAGGAGAGGGGAAACUCAAGGAGCUGAUCAGCAUCGUCAACAGGUGCUUGAUAAGGAGAACAUCCGAUAUCUUGUCAAAAUAUCUUCCUGUGAAAAUCGAGCAGGUUGUGUGUUGCAGGCUGACUCCUCUGCAGUCGGAGCUCUAUAAGCACUUCCUGCGGCAGGCGAAACCCAUUGAGACGUUACAAGAGGGCAAAAUAAAUGUCUCCUCCCUGUCCUCCAUCACAUCACUCAAGAAACUGUGCAAUCACCCGGCUCUCAUCUAUGAGAAGUGUGUGGAGAGGGCAGAGGGCUUUGAGGGGGCACUGGAUCUGUUCCCACCCGGUUACUGCACUAAGGCUGUGGAGCCUCAGCUGUCUGGGAAAAUGCUGGUUCUUGACUACAUUCUGGCGAUGACUAGGACUACAUCUAGUGACAAGGUGGUGCUUGUCUCCAAUUACACUCAAACACUGGACCUCUUUGAAAAGCUUUGCAGAUCUAGAAGAUAUCUCUAUGUUCGUCUGGAUGGCACAAUGUCCAUUAAGAAAAGAGCCAAGAUUGUAGAAAGAUUCAACAGUCCAUCUAAUCCAGAGUUCAUCUUUAUGCUGAGCAGCAAGGCUGGUGGGUGUGGCCUGAAUCUGAUCGGUGCUAAUCGCCUCGUCAUGUUUGAUCCGGACUGGAACCCGGCCAAUGACGAGCAGGCGAUGGCACGUGUGUGGAGAGACGGCCAGAAGAAGACCUGCUAUAUCUACAGACUGCUCUCUACCGGGACGAUCGAGGAGAAGAUCCUCCAGCGGCAGGCCCACAAGAAAGCCCUAAGCAGCUGCGUGGUGGACGAGGAGCAGGACGUGGAGCGUCACUUCUCCCUCGGCGAACUCCGAGAACUCUUUACCCUCAACGAGGAGACCACCAGCGACACGCAUGACCGGUUUCGCUGUCGCCGCUGUGUGAACGGCAGGGAGGUCCGGCCUCCUCCAGACGACUCUGACUGUACCAGCAACCUCUCCCAGUGGAACCACUGCUUCGACAAGAAGGGUCUGAGGGACCAAGUGCUGAAAGCCUCCUGGGACGCUGCCGUUUCCUUCGUCUUCCACCAGCGCUCUCACGAGGACCAGAAGGGUGUCGUAUAGCGAGAAGAACUCAAAAGACUAUCACAGGACCACAUGCACUGGAUGUCCUGAUAUUUAUUUGUUAUUCUGUUGUAUUUUUUAAAAAUAAUUAAAGUAAAGGAGAAUAAUUUGUGUUGUAUCCAUCAUGAAUUCAGUCACCUCAUUUGUUUGGACCAGUAGUCCCGAUGUGCACGUCAAACUGUGGUGCAGGUUAGUUUCCCUACAUUAAAUUGGUUUUAAAGGGACCAUGACCAGUUUAAAACAUAAAUAUCACCAUUUGAUUGUAGCUUUAAGCUCAUUCACAUCUGUAGUCCCUUGGCAGCUCAAAUGCUGAUAUAUGAAUUGUAGAAUCAGAUGUAAAUGUUUAAGCGUUGUAGGUUUUUUUUCAUUGUUCCUGCACAAACUCAUCCAACACACAUCAUUUAACAAUACUAAUACUGCACAACAGUUCUACGUAAUUGAUGAGCAGCAACUGGCAGAGGAGGGGGACGUUUUGUAACAUUUUUAUGAAUGAAAUUUGCCUGCCAAUUUGUGGGUGGCUGAUUAUGCUAACGAUGAAAGGUGGCAUUCAAUUUACAACUCGUCUGUCUACUUAAGAGGUCAAAUAAAGGCUAAGUAACAUAAGAGCAUCUGUACUGGGCGGCAACCUCCGGUUCUGCUGAGUGACGCCAAUGCUGAAGUGUCUAAAAACAUGCAUUCUCUCUACUGACCACCAGGGGUGUCUCCUCUGGUUGUAUAGAAGUCUAUAUAAAAUGGUUCUACUUCUCUUGAUUUAUUCCCUCAGUACACAUUGUAGUCUUCUUCAAUACAGCAAUUGUAACGUGUUAAUCGCUUAAACAGUUUUUCAGCGCUCUGUUGUAGCUCCACCCUCUCAUGUCAAUUAUGGUUAAAAAACAACAAGAUGGCGACCCCCAAGAUACCAAACUCAGAGGCAUCAAAAGUGUAGUCCACAAACUAUCUAUCGUUAUGGUCACAAUACAUGUUUCACACUGGCCAUUGCCAAGUUAUCCAGGUGUAGUUUAGCUUAUUUUGACAGCUUCUGAGUUAAUAUAAUGUAUAUCUUUUUGAAACAAGGCAGUCAUCAGUAAUACAUGUUUAUGAUUUUAUCACUUUCUAUUAAGCCAUCAACUUUGCAGGUAUAGAUAUUUAUAUUGAGUCUCCGGUUUUAAAUUAUUAAUUGUUACUUAAGGAAUUUUAGUUAUGAAGGAGCAGCUCUAACACAAAGUUGUUAUUAACUGAUCUAGUAAAUAAUUUACGAACCAUUAAUAAAGUGAGAAAAGAA